AGCAGUCGACCCCCUCAGAGUGCGGCGGAGCCACACCUCAUGUAUUUUUCAGUUGCAUCUCCAUCCAGAUGAGCCUCCUAGGCGGGGUCAUGCGCGUUCCCGGCAACCCUCCAGCCUGGCCAGCGCCGAAAAUCGAAUCAAAAUCGGGCGUCCCAACAGCGUACACCCCAACGUUCAAAAAAUCGUUCAUUUUCUUUUGAUGAUUUUCCUUUAAAGUUUCGUUCAUCACAUCGGCUUGUUGGUGCGAACAACCGCUAGCGUGUCGCGUGUGCCGUUAACGACUCUUGUGACUAACAAUUUGCCAGUUGCACACUUUGAUCGCUUCAUCCAGCUCGAACUUGCUAUUAAAAUGGGAGCGAAAAGCAGUGUGGAAGCGGCGAAAAUCAACGCUCAGAACUGGACCUUGCUGGAGUAUAAACAUCCGAAACAAUUCUCGACUCGUCACCAAGUCCAUUCCAUCAACAAAACCAUCGGCAAUCCAUGGGCCAACAAGAUCUGCACGGAGCUGGGAAGAGGCACUAUAUGGUGACAGCAACGGUGCCAGUGCCCAGCUGGGACUCUGCAGGGGAUGGGCAAUAAGCUCAGUUGCUCAUGUGCACCCCUCAUCAAAAAGGCAUACAGGUACGACGAGUCCCCAUGGCAAACAUCUAGGCGCCGGGACGGACAUCUCCUGCGGCUGUGGGCGGAGGUCUUCUAUGCAACAGCCGCCUCCGAAGCCAAGGGCCAGUUCUUCUGGCAGCAGCUCAGCGACGAUUUGGUGCCAGUCAACAUCACCUGCAUCCAGGAUUCACCCGAGUAUGUGUUUCACAUCACGGCCUACAAUUCCCAAGUGGACCGGAUCGUGGAUGUGCGGAUGGUGCAGCCUGGCACUCGAAUCGGCACCGCUAACGAAUGCUUCAUCUACUGGAGGGACCCGAUCACCAACGACACCUGGGGCUUGAACUUCACCUCCUCGAUCGAUUGCAAACAGUUCCGCGAAUGUGUGUUCCCUGCCUUCAAGUUCUCCCGCAAAGCCUCGUCUUCCUAUUCUCUGAAACUCGAUCCUCCAACCAAGCACAAGUUAAAGGCGAAGCGAAAACCGCUGAGCACCCCUGCCUCGCCUUCUCGGGGUCCCAGGGAACCCCAAUGCACCUGCAUGACUGCGGAGCAAAUGGCGAAGCUUCGCGCCCAAGACCCUCGCUAUAGAGGUUCAUCUACUCUUCCCAGAGCUGCCAAAAUAUCUGAUACUGAGGGGAAAAUCGCAACAGCCGCCUCAUCUACUAGCCUCUACGACAACCUGGGAGCCACUCAAACCUCCUCUUUACCAGGCACAAAAUCUGGCCACCGAAACGGCAGCCAGACGAAACAAUCCCGAAAUGUUCAGUCUCAAUCGGACAGCAGUGGCGCAGCCCCAGCUAGCGCGGGCGCACCCCAAGCCCCCAAGACCGUCACUGCCUCAGUGGGCACGGAAAAUGACACAGAAACUCAGGGCAACCAGACGGAGUCGCAGUCCCAAACUAGCGACCAACAGCAAUCCGAGAGCGUCCAAGUGGGGGAGCCUCUGGCUAAGGCCACGUCCUCCGGAAAGCCUUCGCUGAAAGAAAAAGGCCAUCACAUGCUGAGCAGCGCCAAAUCUGUAGACUAUUCCGACAUGGAGAUGAACCGCAAUCGCGAGUUCAGAGGCGGACAUGGACACAACAGCGUCAGCAACAACAUCCAGUCCCGCAAGAACAAGUCCAAGAGCUCAGAGGACAUGAACAGGGAGAACGGCAUUAGUCUGGACAGUAACACCUUGAAGCGCAUGCUGAAGCCGAUGCCCAGCCAGGAGAGCCCAGUCACUUCUCCGGAGAUGAGCAGGAAGCGCUACCACUACCACAAUCAUCCAGGCAGGCAUGUGAACAACUCGCGUCAUUCAGACCCGGAGGCCCGCGGGUCUUCCAUCAACUCCCGAUUUUCUGGAUCACGGUCGUCGCACGAAAUCGGCCGCGGAUAUCCAGGCCGAGGUCUCUACCUGGAGCUAGAAAGGGGCGCGGCCGGCGACUUUUCGCCUCCAUCAGACAACGUGAUCUUCGACAACCAGUGCUACGCGACCACGCCCAGUUCCAGCAACGGCAACUCAGACAUGGAGCAGGCGGCGCAGCACUAUGGAAGGCGCCGCCUCCACCGCCAGAACUCCAGCGUCAACUCCACUCCCGGCUCGCCCACCAGUCGCCUACUCCUGGAGUAUGAGAUGCAUCUGCGCAACACCCUGGCCAAAGGCAUGGACGCGGAGAGCUACAGCUUACACACCUUUGAGGCGCUGCUCACGCAAAGCAUGGAAAAUCUUGAGUUCGCCGAGAGUCUCCCCGGGUCCAACACCCGAAGCCCAUAUCACGCGAGGAAAAGACCCACAUCCAGCGCUUCCAUGAGAUCCUCCACGCUUCCCUACAACCAGCGCAUGGGCGUUCGCGAGCGCGAGAGAGACGGCUACUACAGCGACCGCAACGAAUUGUCCCGCGAGCGAGAAAAGGAGCGCGAACGCGGCUACUUGAGCGACCACAACGCCAAUUCUAGGUGCGCAUCCUGCAUCGGCGAGUCGAGCAGGGCGCAGUGGUUCCGACACUCAGACGGCUGGCGAUCCGGCAGCUCCGCCUACGGCUCAGCGCAGGGCGGCGUCCUCCCAGGGCACAGGAGAGCCCCCUGGGACUCGCUUCCCUCACUGCG